AUGCAUCAACAACCCCGUGGCCCAGCCCGGGUGUCAUCCCCAGGCGCAACGCACCAUUCAGCUAUACCAUCUCGAUCCAACAGCACCAGAGAAGCUGCAUUGGGAUCCCGACCUCGAGCCGGCUCUAAUGUUGCUGGUAGAGACACACCCAGUUCGCCAAAUAUUGGAGAUAUGCCGACACCGGCGCCCCCAUCCGACUCGAUCAAGAAGCUCGACCAAAUAGUACAGAACUUCUAUGCAAAGGCGGCCGUACUCGUCCUCGACUCACGCAUCAAAUCCAAGCCUGCGCGCGGGGCCAACGGUGGGCGGAAACCCAAUAAAUGGUUCCAAAUCGAGACAGAUGAGAUUGAUGACUUUCGUGAUGAGCUCAAGAUCUGGAAGACUUGCGGUAGCUUCGACAACCCCCCUCCUCCAAUGGUUAUCGAGGUCUUUUUGGAUACUUCUCGAUUAAAAGACAGCCAGAGUCUAGUCAUCGUUGAUGAGUCUGGCAAGAGAUGGGAUGUAAUGGAACAGCUGAACUCAUCCGGUUCUUCUACCGAUAGCUCAUCUGGCGCAUCCCGAAGAAACAACGAGGUUAUCAUUGAGAGGUGGCGAGUCGAGCUCAAGUACUCAGGCGUAAUACCCACGGACUUUGGCCCGAUUCUGCCCACCAUCUACAAGAAGGCCAUUGUUUUCUUCCGGUCUCUUUUCAUCACGACUCGCCUUCUCCCAGCAUGGAAGUUUGCCAGCCAAGGUCCCGCCAAGAACUCACACCCGGCGCUUAUUCCACGAUGCCGAAUACGUUUAUCUCAGUCUGAUCGCUCACGCAAUGAUCAGCUGCGUCUUCCUAUUGAUGGUAGACCAGACCCCGUGACGGAGUACAUGUUUGGCGAUUUAGAGGUACCCGUUGGACGACUAAGCACUACUGUCACCUAUCGCAAUGAUUGCAACUUCCGUGUGGAUGACUCUGAGGCUCUGCUAAGUUCCCGUUUCAUGGGAGUGGACGAGAACUUUUUCCGGCCUUCCAUUCCACCACUGAAUGACCAGUCAAGAGGGCAAGUGGCGGAGGCAGGAUCACUGCGUGAUAACCGCUCGCGUCCAAACUUGAGUGAUAUGCAGCAGGCAUAUGGAAGUCUUUCAACGUUUCACACCAAUGUCCCAAUGGGGACCAGCCCGAUCUCGGCUUUGAGAUCGGUGCGACCACCAGGCUCCGACACGAGCUCACCCCCAGAGUCUCUACCGGCACAGAAUGGUGUGGGUGGUCCAAGCUCUUUGCCAGUACGUCAAAGUACAACACGACCCCCUUUACGAACGACCGAGGGCUCAAGUCGACGUCCUUCGGUAUCCUUUCAGCCUUUCAAGGCGGGCUCGCUCUCGGGCUCGCCUGUCCCAAGGCAGAUCGAUCCUGAGCCGGCUUCUCCUCAAACGUCGACGCGUCCAGGUAUUCCUUCCCUGAAGCAAGCAGGAAACCGAACGUCUCUUACUGCUGGUAUGCCAGCUUCUUUGCGGGGUGGCCCUCCUCCGGCAUCUACAGACCCUGCUGUUGCCAGCUCCCCGCGACCAGCGUCAACCAGUCGCUAUAGUAGCAGCUUCACACAUCGCCGUGGUCGUCUAUCUUUUGGAGGAGCCAGCAGGGCUGGUGAUGACGAGCAGGGCAGCAGUGGAAGGCAGAGUUUGGCCUCAUCAGUGGCACAGCCAGGAUCUGACCUCCUCGAUGAGGUGGCAGGAACAAGCUCAGACUCACUUCAGAACGACCACAAACACCUCUCAGACUUUAUCAGCGCACUGGAUAGUAAAAAGACUCUGAAGAGCUUUGGACCCUCAAAGAAAGGGGAAUCAGCAACUAACAAGACUGUGGCGCAGCUAUCUCGCUUUCAUCAAAUGAAGGACUCUAAUAAUGCACUCACUGAUUCGAUGACAUCGUCUGUGCAAAUGCAGAGGUCAUCGAGUUCAUCCAGUCGACAAUUGACGAGUGUGCCUGGAAUGACUGCACCAGCUUCUGUGUCUGCCUCGUCAUCUCCUGGGAAGCCACUCUCACCUCACACACCCCACACGCCAGCAAUUCCGUCAAGAUUGAGCGAGAACUCGAUUAUUGAUUAUACUGGCCAAGGACGAAUUACUUCGCGUCAGGGGCGAGCAUCUGAAAAUAAUCCUGCACCAGGGACGAUCAGAGAGAAUACGGUUACACAAGAUGGAACGACAGCUAUUGACAUUCCAUUAUCACCUCGACUCGCCACGUAUGAGCGAAGGGCGAGCUCUGUUGCACUCCACAAUCGGUCAAUGGUGGACGAAGAUGAGCCGGACUCUGCUUUUGCGCACCGAUCUAUCAGCUUAGGUGCUGAUGAUAGGGAACCACCUACUCUGAGCAUUUUGCUGGGUAGGCAGAUGCAGCUUGAGGGGGGGUCAGCGCAAAGGGGAUCAGAUGAACUGAAACCAGCUGCUGAAAUUGAGGCUUCUGAGACGCCAGGGAUGAUGCAGCGCGGUCUAUCAGAAGAGAAUCCUCCCGAGGGACUGAUUCCGACAGCAGCGUCUAGCUCACCCUUUGGACGAAGGCGAUAUAUGGGUAUGGCUUCACAUAAACAAACGCCGCCUCAGUCAUCGCGUGGAAGCUUUACCGGAUCUAUCAACAGACAAGUCCGAGGUGACGAUGAUUCGAUCAACGAGGAGCCUUUGGUCUUUGACCUGUCAGAAAUGGAUCCUCAAAGUCGGCGAAGCAUUGAAGAAGCCCGUAGCGGCGCUCAUGGGGGAGCAAAUACCACAUCGGAUAAGGGAGCAUACGAAAGCCGUGGUGCUUCGAGACGGGGUUGGUGA